AUGUCGUAACUUCUAAUGGUGUGGUUAAAUGAUGAAGUUUAAUUGAGUAGAAAGGUAACAUCAUUUGAAAAAGAUUUUAAUAAUGGAUAUCUAUUUGGUGAGUUACUAAGCAAGUUCAAUUAACAACUUAAUUUUGAAGAAUUCUCUAAUAAGUAUUUCAUUUUCUUAUAAAUUAGAGAUGUUAGAGAAUCCAAAAUGAAGAAUUUCACUUUACUUGAACCAACAUUUAAAACUUUGCAUAUUCCAUUCAAUUUUUAAAUUGCUGAUCAAGUUAUUAAAGGAAAAAAGGGUGUUGCUAUGUAAUUGCUUUAUCAAUUACAAAUGGUAUAUAGUUUAAUUAUAAUCUUAGUAAUUGCAAAAAGUAAAUGAUCCUCAUGAUGUUAUGAUGCAUGCUAAAACUGGUAAAUAUAAUGUUAUAUAACCACUAAUGGUUAUCAGAUAACCAAAAGAAUAAUUUGAUAAAAUGGAAUAAGAGUUUUUUGUAUCUAAGCUUAAUGAGAAAAAUAAAGCAUAGAAGGAUGUGAACUUAGAGAAACAUCUUGGAAAAUUUACAUCAUUUGCAAUUUAAUAAGCAGAAAAAGAAAGAAGAUUGAAAAUAAAAGAAGAAACUGAAGAAAGAAAUUUAAAAGAGGAAAUGCGUAAAAUAUAAUUGAAUAAGUUAUAAAGAAAUAUGGCAUUUAUGGAAGAUUGGAAUUAAAAAGGAAUAGAAAAUUGGAAAAAGAAUUAAUAAAUUCGACAUAAAAAUAAAGUAGCAGAUGAAAAAUUCAAAUCUACAAUGCAAAAAAUAACAGAGGAUAGAUUGAUUUAAACAUAAUAGGUAAUGAGAAGUGAAAUGGAAGAUUAAAUUGAAUAAUUUGAAAAUAAAACAACUUAAGAACCAGUAUCUUUAGGUUUAAGAAAUAAAAUGAUGAGUGAAUUUUUAAGAAAAGAAAGAGAUAAAAGAAGAAGAAAAAUGAUAGUUGAUUAAGAAAAAUAGACAGAUGAAUUAUAAAGAAGAGAAUUUACAGUUUUAGAGAAAUUAAAAUAAUAAAGUAAAUAAGAGAAAGAAAUAAUGUAUGAAAUAUGGAGAGCUUAUUAAUGCAAAGAAGUUAUAUUUGAAAAUAGAUAAUUAAGAGAUGAAAAUUAUAGAAAUAAAUAAGAAUUAAAUGUAAUUAAUUAGAAAUUUAAAGAAGAAGAAAUGUUAAGAGCUUUAUAAUCUGAAUUUAAUUAAGAAAUUGAAUUAUAAUAGAAAAGAUAAUUAGAAAUUAAUGUUGAGUAUAAAUUAUAAAUUAGAUAAUCAAAUUAUGAAAAAUGUAAAAAAUUAGUAGAGAUACUUUUUGAAAUUGAAGAAUAAUUAUAUGAACAUUUAUAAAAUAAUGAUACAAAUGAAUUUAAUAAAUAAUUUACAAGAGAAAAUCAUCAUUUAUUUAAAUAAGGUAUGGAAUUAAUACCUUAUAAACGAUUCAGAACAUAUGAUCCAAUAAAAGAGAUGAAAAAGUAAGAAAGUCUAAAUUAUAAAUAAAAGAUGUUUCUUGCAAAAAUGGAAAUGUAAGAUUAUUUAGAAGGAACAGGAGCUUGGGAUGUCUAUUAAGCAUAAAAUAAUUAUACAUUAGGAAAUUUAGUUAGAUAUUUGAUAGAAUGUUAAUUUUAGGAUAAAACAAUUGAAAUACCAUAAACUGAUAUACCUUAUGUACCUUUUAGAGGAAGUUUAAUAGGUUUUUCUUUUAGUGGUAAGAAAACAAUAAGUGAAUUGUUAUCUAAAAAAUAUGGAAUUUAAAUAUUAUCUAUAGAUGUAAUAAUAAAUGAAUUAUUGGAAUAUAUAAAGAAAUAUGAAUAAGGAGAAGAACAUUCAUAGAUUUGGGAUUAAUAAUAAAUUGAAUUAGGAUAAUAAAUAUUGGAAUAUUUAUGUUAAGGAUAAGAUAUACCAGAAGAAUUGUAUAUAAAAGCAAUAGUUUAGAAGAUAAAAAGAUUAUUUGAUAAAUAGGAAUUUGAAUAGAUAUAUGAUGAAUAUAAAUCUAAAUAUUAAUCAUUUAAUCCUAGAUAGAGUAGAACAAUUGAUGAAUUUAAUGAUGAUGGAAUUAAUUGGGAAGAUUUUCAUAGAAAUAAUAUGAUUAAUAAUAAACCAUAUUGUAAAGGUUGGCUUUUAGUAGGAUUUCCCCAUAAUUAUGAAUAAGCAAAGUUAUUAGAGAAAUAUUUAACUGGAAUAGAACCUUAAGAUGAACUUACACCAUUAUAAGCAAGAUUAUAAGAAGCAGCAAGAGUUGUUAAACCUAUAGAUUAUUAAAUUAUUCCGAGAAAAAAAUAAGAAAGUGGAUUAGGAGUUUGUGUAUAUUUAGAGAUGCCAUCAAAUGAAUAAUGCUUAAGAAGAGCAAUAGGUAGAAGAUAUGAUAAUCAUAAUCAUUCAUUAUAUCAUUUAGAUUCUAAUACUCCUCCAGUUGAUAAUGCUCCAUUAAUUGAAAGAAUUAAACCAUUAUAUGAAGUUGACAAUUUAUAAUAACUUAUUUCAGAUAAAAAUGCUUAUUUUAUGACUUAAAUUUAAGGAGUUUAAAAUUGGUAUAAUAAUUUUGAAUCUGCUGAUAAUUCUAAUACAUUAAGUGCAUUUAUUAAUGUAGAUGCAUCUAAUAAUUAUGAGAGAGUAUUUUAUGAUGUUGAUAAAAUAUUUUAAAACUUUCUUUAAAUUUAAGUUAAUAAAAUAUAAUAGAAGUAUGAUAAACAAUAAAAUCAUAUUUUAGAAUAAGAAGAAUUAAUCAAAUAAUAAUAAGAAUAAGCUGAAUCUGAUAAAAGAUGUUAAUUUAAAUAGGUUUAAUUAGAAACUUUACCAUAGAAAUAACCAAGCUAAUAAUUUAUUUAAUAUUUACAUUCACUUUGGAAUCAAAUUGAAACUAAAUAUUUCUCAAUCCAAAAUAUUUUUAAAGGAUUCAGAGAAUAAAGAGAAUUCCUUACAAAUUAUUUAAUGGAUAUCUAAAGAAAAUUUAUAGAUCUUAUUAAUACUCCAGAUGAAAAGUUUUAUCAUGUAAGAAACUUUUAGGAAUAAUACAAUUCAUUUGUUUAAGAAAAUCCAGAUUUAUGUGAAGAAGAUGUAUGCAAAGAAGAAUUACAUUAAAGAGUAGAUGAUUUAUAUGAUCAAUUAAUAGAUAUAAUUGAUUAAAAGAGAGAUGAUUUAUAAAUAGAAAAAUAGUAAAUUUCUAAUUCAUAAUUCAUUGAAAAUGAAAUUGAUCUAUUUUUAUUAUAAGUUAGAUAAUUAUUAGCAAUAGAAUUAGAUAGAGCAUAAAAUUCAAUAUAAUUACUUAAUGAUUAUUAUGGAACAUUAGAAGCUAUAGAAUUAUAGGAUAUAUAACCUAGUGUUGGAGAAUUAUAAUUAUAAGAUGGAGAUGAUCCUAAUGCAAGAUUAGAAAAAUUGAUUGCUGAUUCAUUGAGAAUAUUUGCAGGAGAGGAAGAAAUAAUAGAAGAUAAAACAAAAAAGGGAGGUAAAUAACCAGCAAAAAAAGAUGAAAAGAAAGGAAAAAAAGGGAAAGAAGAAGAAAUUGUAAAAAAGGAACUUUAAAAUCCUGAUGCUAUAAAUGCAAUAAAUUUAGAAAAAUAAAUAUUUAAAGAUAGAGUAGAUGCUAUAAAAAGAUAUGCAUAAUAGUAAAUUAGAACAUACAGAUAAGCUGCAGAUCAAUUGUAUCUUAAAUUAGAUGAAUGGAUAUACUAUACUCAUUAAACAGAAAUAAAAGCAUUAGAUGCAAUAUCUAAUUUAUUUAGAGGUUAUAUUGAAAGAGUUGAAAGAAUUUAAAAGGAACUUUAAUUAUAGUUUGUUGAUGUAAUAAUUAGUCAUGAAGUUCUAAACUUUUUAACUCCAAUUCCUCCACCUUUGUCAGCAAGAGAACCCUUAUCAAAAGAAAGAUAUUCUAUUUCAUAACUCUACUAUCUUAUUGAAGAUCUUAGAGCAAUAACAAGCACACAUUUACUAAUUGAUAUUAAAUAAUUAGCAUUACUUUUAGCAAGGUCUUCUUAUGGAGUCUUAAAAUACUCACCAUCAUAAUGGAUGCAAGCAUUAUAAAUUCUUAAUUAAAAUGGGUAUUAAUUGAUAUCUAAAUUUUAGUUACGUUAAUGUAAGAUAAAUUUGUACAUACUUGAUUCUUCUUUCAUCUCCUACUCCAAGAGAAGACGAGUUACAAUAAUAUUCUAGUAAACUUGGUUAACCUUUAAUAAACAAGGACACUUUUGUUAAUACUCCAGCAUGGUUUGAUGAUUAUGAAAGAAUUCCAGAAGAAGAAAGUUAAUAUUAUAUCAAAUAUUUUAGAUACUAAUUACUUUGAUCGUGUUAUUUACAUUAAGGAAUUAUUGUUCUUUGUUCAUAAAGAUGAAAAUGAUAUGUUAGCUACCAAAUAAUAUAUUGAUAUCCUUAAUGUUGAAGGGGACAGAUUUGUAGAUUAUUUAUUGCAAAAUAUGCAGCAUUAAUGA